UCUCUCCUUUCCGAUUUGGUCUUGUGUUCUAUUUGUGGAGAGAGCAAGAGCUUGCUCGGAAGCUUCAAAUGCCUCCUUCGUCCUCCUCCCUCCUCCUCCUCCUUCCUGUUCAUCGCCGGUAAUCACGAGAGUGUCGGAGUCUCCUAUUUUCUUCUUCGUUGGAGCAGUUGUUGGGGGGUGUGUCGAUCUGCUUGGCUCUGCUCUUCCCAUCUCUAUGCCGUCCCCUUCAUUCUUGCUUCUUCUGUCUCCUUCCUUUUGAUAGCCGGCAUGCGUGAGUGGUUGUUACCAGCGAGUGCAAGAGAGCUGGUCCGAUGCUGUUGGAAGUUUGAUUAACAAAUUCCCUCCUCCCCUGUUUCUGUCGACUCCUUCCUUCUCCUUCCUGUCUUCAUCGCUGGAUGAUUUAAGCGAAUCCAUCUCUCUUCGUCGAUGAACAAGCAUUCCACAAUCCGCGCCGUCCACCUUUGUCAGCCCUGUGUGGUUGUUCUCGGGCAAGCAACGAAGAAGGUUUGAACCCUAGGGCUUUUUCUACUCCCAAAUUCUGGGCUUUCCUUACGUGUUACUUUCACAAGAGGUGAUUCGGAAGACAACUGACAAUCCUUAGCAUGCUUGGUCCUGAUUGUGGAUGAGUUCGUUGCUAGGCAAAAAGAGUUCAAUGAUGAAUAUAAACUGCUUCAAAAGGAAUAUCUUCUCCGCUUCAUCCCCCCUUCCUGCUGUGCCACUUCCUGCAAAAAAGGAAGUUCAUUUUUGGUAUAUUUUACCAGAUGAGGUGAAUAGCCCUAAUCUAUUAAAUCAGUAUUUGGAAAUUCUGUCACCAUGUGAAAAAGAAAACAUCUUCCGCAUGAGAGGGGAACUGCUAAAGAAAAGAGCACUCUUAGCUCGUACAUUAGUUCGCACUACCUUAGCAAGAUACCAGACGAAUUGUCAGAUUGAUCCAAAAUAUUUAAAGUUUAGGAAGAACAGUUAUGGAAAGCCUGAGGUAGACUGGCAAUAUUUUGAUGAUUGGAGCCUCCCACCAUUGCAUUUUAAUAUCUCACACACUUCAUCAUUAAUAGCUUGUGGAGUGGCAAUGGAUUAUCCGAUUGGCAUUGAUGUGGAAGAGAAGCAAAGAAGGUUAAAGAAUAAUAUUUUAGCUUUUGCUCGACGAUACUUUACUCUUUAUGAACUGGAAAUGCUGGCUGGUAUUUCAGAUCCUGAAACUCAGCGACAGGAGUUUGUAAAAUUAUGGACUCUGAAGGAAGCAUAUGUAAAAGCAUUGGGGAAGGGCUUCUCAGCUUCACCUUUCAAUAAAUUUACUGUUCGAUUAGGAGACUCCAUGAAAAAAGGCACAUGUCAUGUGCCUGAUCUGAUUUCUGAGGCACCCGAGAUAGUUAUUGAGUCAUCAGGUGACCCGAAUAAUCCCUCAAGAAAUUGGCAAUUUGUGCUUCUGGAGUUGUUGGGUUCUCAUUACGCCGCGAUUUGUAUGGAGCAGGACAUGAUCUCUGGAGGCAAUGGUGGCGUUCCGAUAAAUUUGACCAUACGGAAAACGACCCCCUUUGUUGAAGACGAAUAUAUAUCUGGCGCUGAUGUUGCAGUAGUUGGUGGGUUGACUAGACUCUAGAGUUCUGCGGCAUAAUGACUGCGAUGCAAGAAGCGCCACUCCCAUAUAUCGUGCACAAAUUACAUACUUGUUUGUGUACUCUGUCUGAAUGGAAAACUUAUUUCCCAUUUUCCAUUGACAAUUUUGUGAUAUAUUAGUUCUGUAGAGGUGACGCUGUAGAUCAUAAAUCGUGGUUGUGGUAGGAGCUCUAGUGUUCUAUGAAUGACUUUUAAAAAAAAAAAAUUGUUCUUUCCUUUGAAAUGAAUGGGACCAAAUUUAAAAGAAA